AUGGUGGGGAAGAAUUGCUUCGCGAUCGCCAGCGACCGCCGCCUCGGCGUGCAGCUGCAGACGAUCGCCACCGACUUCCAGCGGGUGUUCAAGAUCCACGACAAGCUCUACAUCGGGCUCUCGGGGCUCGCCACCGACGCCCAGACGCUGUGGGUCUUCCGGAUCCUCGAUUCAUUUUGGUAUCAGCGGCUGGUGUUCAGGCACAAGUUGUACCAGCUGAGGGAGGAGAGGGACAUGAAGCCCGAGACCUUUGCCAGCCUUGUUUCAGCCCUCCUCUAUGAGAAAAGGUUUGGGCCAUACUUCUGCCAACCAGUUAUUGCUGGCCUAGGAGACAACGAUGAGCCAUUUAUAUGUACCAUGGACUGCAUUGGUGCCAAGGAACUAGCAAAAGAUUUUGUGGUCUCUGGUACUGCUUCAGAGUCACUUUAUGGUGCUUGUGAGUCCAUGUAUAAGCCAAACAUGGAACCUGAAGAACUGUUCGAGACAAUCUCACAAGCAUUGCAGGCAUCUGUUGAUCGCGACUGCCUCAGUGGCUGGGGAGGUUAUGUUCUUAUUGUGUAA